AUGACGGACUGGAGCAAACUCAAGGUCACAGACCUCAAAGAUGAAUGUAAAGCGCGCGGAAUCCCUCUUACGGGUCUCAAGUUGAAGCAACACUAUGUCGACAAACUUACAGAGUAUGAGGCAGAGAAUAGUAACAACGACAAUGAUGACUCAAAGGUGGAUGAAACUGCGGAUGGGGAAGAAAAGCAUGAGGAACCUAGCAACAUCGAGAGCACGAAGCCUGGAGACACAGAGCCCCAAACGGUUGCCGCAUCCUCAGCCGACACUGCUCUAACUGCAUCUUCAGCAACUCUAGAGGCUGAAAAGCCGCAAGAGUUGCAAAAGGAAGACGCGCAAGCCGAAGAUGUCGAGGAGAAGAGGCCGAAGAGUGAAUCAGAGGAGCAACAGUCGACUGAGGCUGCAGCUGCAAAGGAUGCUCUGCCAGUUCCAGAUGGCCAAGAUACAAACCAGCCCAACGGCGCAGACAGAGACGAGAUCAUGCAAGACCUACAGGAGAACGCACGCCCCGAUAAUACGGCAGACGAGCCUCCUGCGAAAGAGUCUGCUAUUAUUGCUGAACAGGCCGACCAGACUGAGGACUCUACAGUACAACCCAACGUGGCACAAUCUGGCCAAGAGUCACCUGAGCCGGCCCCCUCCAACGAAUUGACAGAAGACGAGCGAAGACGACGGAAACGAAGUGCGACGCCUGUUCCAUCAUCUGAAGAAGUUGCGCGCAAGAAGGCCCGGUUGAGCACGAAUGAGGAGGACUUGACUGCUGAGCAAGUCUCUGCAUUGCAGGAAAUGAAGAAAGAGACCGAGGUUGCCCAAGAGACCCGUGGAGAAACGGCAAACGGGGCGCCAGCAGAGGUUAUUGUUGAGCAGGCUGGCGAUGAUAUGACUGUGAUCCCUGAACAGGCUCAGCAGCUGCUGAAAAACAAUCAUGAGGCAAUUGAAGCCUCGCCCAGAAAACAUUCUGUCUCGUCUCACAGAUCCAGAAGUGCCUCGGAAGAGAGAGAUAUUCCGCCUGCCAUCCACCCUGCAACAUCAAGCCUAUACAUCCGGAACUUCAAGCGACCACUCCACAUCCCUUCAUUGCGCAGCCACAUCGCCUCCAUAGCAAAGUCACGAUCCUCCGCCGAUGACUCCGACCCAGUCACUCUGUUCUAUCUAGAUAGCAUUCGCACCCAUGCCUUUGUAUCCUUCACCUCUGUCGCGGCUGCCGCCCGGGUUCGGUCUGCCAUGCAUGACACCCGGUAUCCCGACGAAGCCAUGCGCGAGCCGCUUUUCGUCGACUUUGUUCCCGACGACAAAGUCCAAUCCUGGAUCGAUCAAGAGACCGGUGGCGGGUUUGGCGGACGAGGAGGUGGCGGACGUCGGUUCGAGGUUGUGUACGAAGAAGGCGACGAUGGAAACGAAGCAAUCUUCCAGGAAGUCAACUCCAGCCGACCUCAACCUCCGCUACAGCCCAGCCGCAGCUCUCGCCUGUCCAGAGACAUACCCAGGUCAGGGUCAGACUCGCUCCCCGCAGGAGUCCAUCCCGACCGCGCGGCAUUUGUUCCUCUCGUGGAUGAACGUUAUCGAGGUCGGGACCGAGACCGAGACCAAGACCGGCCAGUCCGCCAGCCACCAACCGGACCCAAGAACCCGGAUCUCAAUGGACAAGGCUUCAAGGCCCUAGACGAGCUGUUCCAGUACACGACCACAAAGCCGAAACUAUACUACAAGCCCGUGCCUGAAUCUGUUGCCACCGAAAGGCUCGAUAUGUUCCGCGAUCUCCGGGUGGGAUAUGCCCACAUGGGCCGCAGUGGCGACGAAGGCAUGAAACGAUACACGUUUGAACUGUACAAGGGCAGAGAGGAGUGGGUUGACAAGGGCCCCGAGUUCGGAUUCGGCAAAAGAGGACAGGAGCGUCUGGCUGGAAACCGACCCAGAGGCGGAGGUGGUGGGUAUCGAGGCCGAGGAGGUGAUUCGUGGCGUGGAAGCGUGGCAAGAUGA